AUGGCACCUUCUAUCAUCGAGGGACCUGUCACUGGUCUCGUCGCUCCUCUGAAGUCCGAUACUGAAGCAUCUGGGACACCCCCGAAAAUCAGAAGAAUUAUUGACGAAGAAGGAGGCACUUCCACUGCUAGUUAUCCAGAAUACUUACCUACCUUCGAUUAUACUGAAAAGUAUCCACCUCUCGAGCCUUUCACGCACACCGAACAUGGCAAAGAUGCAGAUGUAUCCUUCAAAGAUCUUUUGACGGAAGGCUCAAAGAUCCAGAAGCUCACACCGACUAUUGGCUCUGAAGUAACAGGCGUACAACUAAGCAAGCUCACUUCCGCCGGGAAGGACCAGCUGGCCCUCCUAGUUGCUCAACGUAAAGUUGUUGCUUUCAGAGAUCAGGAUCUUGCAGAUCUCCCAAUUGGAGAUGCGCUGGACUUUGGAGGCUAUUUUGGCCGCCAUCAUAUCCACCCAACGAGCGGGUCCCCGGAGGGAUACCCUGAAAUUCACCUUGUUCACCGGAACAACAAUAUUCUAGGGAACGAAGGAGUCAACAGCAGUGUAUCAUGGCACUCGGAUGUGACGUAUGAGCAGCAACCACCUGGUACCACAUUCUUAUACAUUCUCGAUGGCCCCGAAGUUGGCGGGGAUACCAUUUUUGUGGAUCAAGUCGAGGCCUACAAGCGACUUUCGCCACGGAUUCAAGAGCUACUUCAUGGGCUGAAGGCGGUGCAUUCUGGGUUUGAGCAAGCCGAAUUUAGCCUAAAACGAGGAGGAGUUGUGAGACGAGAGCCUGUGAAGAAUGAGCAUCCUUUGGUUCGAACCCAUCCGGCAACUGGCGAAAAGGCACUUUUCGUAAACGGGGGCUUCACACGCAGUAUAGUUGGACUAAAGAGCGAAGAAAGUGAUGCUCUUUUGACCUUCUUACUGGCCCAUGUAGGUCGUGGCAUUGAUUACCAGGCUCGCAUCCGAUGGGCUCCUAAGACCGUUGUAGUCUGGGAUAAUCGUGUCACUGCUCACUCCGCAAUUCUUGAUUGGACAACUGGUGAACGUCGCCACUUAGCACGUAUCACCCCACAGGCCGAGCGUCCUUAUGAGACUCCUUAUUUGGAAGAAAACGAUAGCUCUUAG